UUUGUGCUGCUGAAGAAGUAUUUCCUGCUUUUUAGCACAGAACGUGUGCUAGACACAUUCUGUCUAACUGGGCCCAAAAUUGGAGAGGUAUUGAGAGGAGGAAAAAAUUCUGGAAGUGUGUUAGGUUAACAUUUGAGGCAGAACUGAAAAACAGGCUGAAUGAGUUAGAUUAGUUGGGUAGGGGUAUUGUUGAAGACCUUAUUUCAUACAACAAAGAAAGGUGGUGCAAAGUGUAUUUGAAAGAAUUUUCAAAAUGUGAUAGUGUGGACAACAAUAUGUCAGAAUCUUUUAAUGCUUGGAUACUGUCAGCUAGACACGGGACAAUUGUGUCAAUGUUAGAAGAAAUUAGAAUCAAGGUGAUGAAUAGGAUAACUAAGAUAAGGGCAUUUUCUGAAACUUGGGUUGAUGGGAUAUCACCAGUGGCAUUGAAAGUGUUCAAUGCUAAUGUUGAGAGGUCAAUGAACUGUACACUUCACUAGAAUGGAGACUGUGGCUUUGAAAUCAAAGAGGGGUUAGGUACUCAUAUUGUUCAACUGGCAAGGAAAUAUUGCAGCUGCAGGUCAUGGCAACUAAAAGGUAUCCCCUGUGCACAUACCAUAGCAGCUAUGCACUAUAGGAGAAUUGAUCCAAGUGAGAAUAUUGUACAUUGGUACAGACAAGAGACCUAUUUAAGGACUUAUUCUCACUUCAUACAACCUGUUCCAAGCAUGAUUAUGUGGCCAAACAGUACAAACCCAAAGAUAGAGCCUCCAGAAGUAAAAAAAAAAUGCCUAGCAGGCCAAGAAGGUGCAGAAGAAAGAAGAUAGCAGAAGUGCGAAGGGCUGGAAAGUUGACAAAAAAAGGGAUAGCCAUGACAUACUCUGGUUGCAAGUCUAGUACAUAUAACAUAAGAAGUUGUGCUUCAAGGCCUCCAACUACAUCAGCAACAACUUCUGCCCCUUCUAGGAGGAAAUACUCAAGGCCACCAACUGCAUCAGCAACUUCUAAGAGAAAAUACUCAAGGCCACCAACUGCUGAUGCAACUUCCAAGAGGAAAUACUAAAAGCCACCACAAGCCGAUGCACCAACAGCAGCAGGAUCAACAAGAUCACCAAAUGCACGAGCAACUGCUUCUCCAACUACACCAGCAACUGCUCCACCAACUGCUCCACCAAUUGCUCCACCAACUGCACCAGCAACUUCCAAGAGGAAAUACACAAAGCCACCAGUCCCUCCAAGGCCUAAAUCAACUACAAAGGUUAAUGCUUCCCAGCAGUCAUCAACUGGAAGUACAAGAAAAAGUAGUGUUCAUGGCACUCAAGAUGCAUCUACAAGCAUGGCAGGGGGCAGGACUAAGUAUAAGAAGCCAGGAGUUGUUGGACAGGGUGUAUUUAUGUCUGAGUCUGGAUACAAAUGUGUUAAUCAAGGAAUGCCUAGCAGCAUGUUGGUGUCCACGCCUAAGGCAAUGAAUUCAGCCUUGGUCACAGGUGAUAUUAGAUACAAACCCAUCAAAGGAUUGGAGUGGAAAGGAACAAAAGCAGUUACACAAACACAGCUCCAAGUGCAAAGUGCUAAUCAUAGAAUCCAAACAAGAUCAAAGGCUCUCAGAGUUCAAACAAGAUCAAGAAAAAAAAAAUCUCCAAUGAAGAAGUAGUAUGAUAUUUCUAUGUUUAAGCUAGCUAUCUUUGGUGAAACUUGGAUAUGUAAGCAAACAAUGUAGCUUGGUAGUUUUUGUUGACAGUUAG